CAAAUGGGCGGAGCCUGCGGUCGGGCCAAAGUGUGCCGAUGCUCAGGAAGCAAAGCACCAUCCAUUACUACCUAUAGAAGUUUCGCUGUCUUAUUGUGUAGCUUGUUUAAAGCUUGGGGCUACAGUCGAACGAAUGUAUCAAUAGUUUCAUUUAAAUAAAUAAUGCUGAAUGGUUGCGCUGAUGAAGUUCAACAUUUGCCGGUUGCUGGGGCUGGGGAGUGGCUCCAGUGAUCAAACGCUAGAGAAGAUGGAGACUGGUGCUUCGUCUGACCACAGUCAGGACGCACUCUCUCAGAAUGGAUUGAAUGGAGAGGAGGGCCUCAGUGAAGAGGAGAAGGCCAGAAGGAGAGCUGAGAGGCGAAGAGCUAAAAGGAAGCGUCAAAGAGAGCGAAAGAAACUCGAACGCGGUAAAACAGAUGAGCGCACUGUACAGGAGGAGGAAGAACAUGCAGGUGUUGACUCGGAGCUGGAUGAUAGUGGCUCUGAGGUUGAUGACGAACAGAUUGAGGAGCAGCAGGUGGAAUUGAAGGAAAGAGUGAUGGAGAAAGAAUGUCAUCCAUGUAAAGACAGCGCCACACCACCACUGGCAUCGGGAAACAAAGGAAACCAACAGCCAUCAGCUUGGUCCUGUGAGGAGGAUCCGGAAUGGGACGUGAGCAGUGCUUUUGUUGCUAAUGCUGUUAGUCACAUCAGGCCCAAAACCAAGAGCAAAUCAGGCCGUAAAUCCAAAGAGAACAAAGAAAACGAGGCCAGAAUCAGAGAGGUCAGUGGAUCUGAGUCUGUGACUAAAAGAAGUGCCUCACUGACUGAAAAGGGGAUCAGACUGGUAAAUGAGGGCCAGUACAGUGAGGCUGUUAACAUGUUUACAGAAGCUAUCAAAUGUGACCCAAAGGACUACAGAUUUUUUGGGAAUCGCUCAUACUGUUAUUACUGUCUGGAGCAGUACUCUCUAGCACUUGCUGAUGCUGAAAAAUCUAUUCAGAUGGCCCCCGAGUGGCCUAAAGGCUACUACCGCAAAGGAAGUGCCCUCAUGGGCCUUAAGAGGUACAGUGAGGCUGAGAAAGCUAUGGAGCAUGUCCUGAAGCUGGACAAGGACUGUGAGGAGGCAGCCAAUGACCUUUUCUACUGCAAAGUGCUGCAGUUAAUGGAUCUUGGGUAUGAAGAGGAGCAAAGUGUGCUUCUGCUUGAGAAGUACAGCAAAGUACAGGCUGUUCUUGCAGCCAGAGCAGCAAACAAUGACUCUACGCUCCUUCAGCCAGGAAGUCCAUGCCCUUCUCUCUGGGUGGGUAACGUAACCACAGAACUGACGGAGAAGCACCUGUGGGACCUUUUCAAAAACCAUGGAGAAAUUGAGAGCAUUCGAGUGCUGCACGAGCGUUUCUGUGCCUUUGUAAACUUCAGGAACGCCAGCAUGGCUGCACGGGCGAUGGAAAAGCUCAAUGGCCAUUUGAUAGAAAACACACGGUUAGUAGUCCGGUAUCCAGACAGACGCAUCCUGAAACCAUUUCCUGUUUCUGCUGCACCACAGGCUGCAGGAACUGCUGGAGCAAGGCGCAGGGGCCCUGUCAAUGGAGAUGAGUGCUAUUUCUGGAGGACCACUGGCUGUCAUUUUGGGGACAAGUGUCACUAUAAACAUAUUCCUGAGCAGCGGGGCAAAGACAGAAAGCCCUGGCAGCCCUGAUCAGUGCACUCUUCCUCCUCUCUUCAACCUCAUGUUUCUAAAUUACUUUCUAUUUUUCUCACUCAGAGCCAAAGGACAUGGAAAGUGAUUGCAUGGACUGUGCGACUUCAGAGACCUUUACUCAUUUGAAUGGAACUCAAGCCUGUCUUACUAUGAUGCUUUUGACUCAGUUCAACAAUGACAUUGGUGCCUUGGAAUUGGUUCAAAGUGCUGUUAUCACUUCCAGAUUUGUAGAGAAUGAGGAGAACAUGACUCAGAACAACGAACAGUCCCUUUAGCAAGGGUUUGGGUGUUUGGUUGAGGCUGGAGUUUGAGGCCAGACCUGGUGUCUCCUGUCAUCUUUGCUCUUCGUUCUUCUGUGCAAACACUGCUGAGCCAAAGCACAGCCUUUGACCACUGCUCACUUUUGAGUUCAAACCCAAACAAAUGCCUUUCAUGUAGAUGAGGUGUUGUGAAACCUUUCUCCCAUGUUCUUUUAUGCUUCAUCAAGAAAUCUUGCACAAACAAAGUGGUUGGUUAAAGCCUGUGUGUGGAUUUUACCAAAGAAUAACACCGUUUUCUAUGGAGUACAAAUUGUUUAAUAAAAAUGUUAGUGAGACAGAAACAUCAUUUUAUAUUUAUGUACGGAUAUUAUUAUUAUUAUUAUUAUUAUUAUUAUUAUUUAAAUUUUUUUUUUUUUUUUUAAAGGUUAAGUGCAAAUAUGUGCGCACUUCGUUUCAGCGUAUUUGUGACCAGGCUUAUUUUUGUUUGACUAACAUUGUGGAGGUAUAAUGGAGAAAACAACUUUUGUUCAUUUUCUCAAAGGGUCUUUAUGUUAAAAAGACAAAAAAAACAUCAACAAAAUGGGUUCAAACCAGCAUUUAAAUGCUCAUAGCUGGUUUUAUCCAAACUGUUUUUUCCCCCCUUUUGCAGAUUGUUGCACUUUAUACUUCAGCACACACUAUGUGUAAUUUAAGUAUUGUUAGAUUGGGAAAUGGUGCAUGUUUUAAUAUCAAGAAUUAGUUUUAUAUUUACGUAUGCAUUAAGACAAUAUUUUCCAAAGGUAUUGACUACAAUUCUGGUUCUUUAGCAGUUUUUUUGUUUGUUUGUUUGUUUGUUUUUUUUUUUGUCUUUUGUUUUCAAGAUAAUAGAAUUACGGACAUACAGUUCUUCUCACACUUCUUAACAAAAGCCUCCUUAAAUAUUGUUUACGUAUUGUGUUUUGGAAGUAAUGCAGGAGUGUUCAGUGUUUAAAUGUUAUUCUUGUUGUUCCUGUUUUUGUUUUUUUCUCUUUCUCAUUUUAUUUUAUAUUUUUAUUUUAUUUUAUUUAUUUUUUUUGAUUGUGUAACCCAGGAAGUUGUUCUUACUUAUGAUGUUUUUACUGGACCAGGCCAGUGUGGACUCUCUUCUUUACUAUGUUUAUAGCAGCAGAUAGUUACAAAGGGUUCUGGAUGAGACUCCAUUUUCAAAAGAUUUGCGUCAGUACACAUCAGUUAUAGCAUGUGGAUAAAAGUGUGUAAUGUUGGAAGAAUUUUUUUUACCUGAGGAAAGCUGAUUGUGUUGAGGGCCUGAUUUACUGUUUGACAGUCUUAAACUAAAACAACAACAAAAAAACACUAAUGGCAGAUGUGCAGAACUCUAUUCCUAGAAAGCUGAAGCUCGAGAAUGUUUGUUUGGUGUUUUCCCUGAUACAGCAAGCUUUGCCCAAAAUCAGUCAGUCAGGUGUGUUCAGGAAAAACCCCAAAACUGUGUCGUGAGGUUUCCUUGCAGGUUUUGUGCUGUACUGCUACAACGCACAGUUAUGUCCGUGUCUUUGCCUUUUUGCUAGUAUAGCACAUUACUCUUGACUGUUCAGUAAUACUUACUCAAAUUGAACCCUUUGGUCAAUCGUGUUUAGGCUUUAACUGAAUAUAGUAGCUAGUUCGAGGAGUAUCACUUUUUGUUUCAUUAAUUUGGGUUUAGUCUAUUACCUUCCUGGAGAACAUGGCAUAUCGAGCUUUAUGGAUAUUACCCUUCACAUUAGUGUGUUACAUAAUGGUUUAAUAAUUUUGGGUUCACUCUCUUCAUGUCAAAUGUGUGUUUUGCUCCAAAAUGAGCUGACAGCUGAAAUAGUGAGCAUUUGCAUUCUGUUCCCAAACAAAGGAUCUCUAUUUUAUUAUUUUGCGGAAUAAUGGAAAGUUUUGCAUUACAAGUUUUCUCACUCCUGUAAACAAUAACAUUCAACUUCUUUUCCAUUUUUCAUCAAAGCAAACAAUUCUGGAAAAAAGGCUCCUCUUUUCCAAAUUUGUUGUAGCCUUCAUCAAAUUAUAAAACAAAAUCUUCCAUGUUCCUGACACUUUUCCUGUAACAGCAAACGGAAGUGUGUGUAUAUAUAAACAUUCUAUGUUAAAAUUCUUUAAAUGCCCCCCCCCCCCCCCCCCCCCCCUUUGGCAUUGCCAUAUUGUAACUGUAACACACAUCUCAAUAGACAAUCAUGUCUCAUUAAGUGUUCUAAUGCCCUGCACUGUACUGCCAAAGAGCUCUUGUAAUAAAUAUACUGACUAACUAA